GCUGGCCUCGAACUCACAAAGAUCCGCCUGGCUCUGCCUCCCGAGUGCUGGGAUUAAAGGCGUGCGUCACUACCGCCCGGCUUGUUUUUGUUUUUUGAGACAGGGUUUCUCUGUGUAGUUUUGGAGCCUUUCCUGGAUCUCACUCUGUAGACCAGGCUGGCCUCGAACUCACAGAGAUCCGUCUGGCUCGGCCUCCCCAGUGCUGGGAUUAAAGGUGUGCGUAACCACCGCCCGGCCAAAGGUCUGCAUUUGAUGAUCUUCGAGUUUCUGUUUCUUUGAAAAUCUUGUUUCACCCUCAUUCUUUGUAUUUGUUUUGUUCAGUUUUUUUUUUUUUUUUUUUUUUUUUUUUUUGAGACACUGUAACCCAGGCUGGCCCUGGCCUUUGAACUCCUGAUCCUCCUGCCUCUGCCCUCUGCCUCCACAGUCUGCUUCACUGGCUGCCCUUCCAGAGGACCUGAGUUUACUUCCCAGCACUCACAUUGGGCAGCUCAUAACUGCCUGUAACUCCAGCUCAAGGGUCCAACGCCCCCUUCUGGACUCUGCCAGCCCCUGCACAGACAUCCAUAUGUGCACAUUAUUAAAUUAUGAAAAUAAAUCUUCUUAAACAGGGCUUAGCAGAGACAGCUCUUUUUUUAAUAGUUAGGGGUAUGGGAGACAGAAUGGACCUGCCACCUACAGCCUAGAGAGAUAAAGAUUUGGAGCAUGUGAAUCAACAACAGAAGUUUAAAAGUCAUCAAGAGCUGAUGCACGCCUGCCUUGACUCCAACACUCAGAAGGCUGAGGCAGGAAGAUCAGGAGUUCAAGGCUAGCCUAGGCAACACAGUGACUUCAACGACAGUUUGAGCUACAUAAUAGGGCCUUGUCUCCCUAUUAAGAAGAGGGGAUAGAAAGAUGACCCAGCAGUUGAGAGCACUGGCUGUUCUUCCAGAGGACCUGAGUUCAAUUCCCAGCACCCACAUGGCAGCUCAUAACUGUCUGUAACUCCAGUUCCAGGGGACCCGACACCCACGGCAAAAUACCAAUGCACAUAAAAUUAAAAACAACAACAAAGACAAAGACAGAGCCAUCAGUUCCCUCCGUGAACUUCAGCUUUAGCUCUGCCACAGAACUGCAUCCAGUCCGACUUCCCAGUGGCCUGUCCUACAGAUCCAGACAUGUCCAGCCAGUCCCUUUUAAUGAGGUCCCUCACAAUGAGUCUGAAGGUACAUUCACUAUUGUGGUUCUCUGAUGUAGGGCAGAUCUGGGGACAGUGGAGCUGGAAGAACAGAACUCUGCGGUUCUGGGGUUAAACCUGGGGUCUUGUGCCUGCUAGGCAAGUGUCCUCUCAUCAAGCUACACCCCAAGCCCUUAAAAAACCAUUUGGUUGGAGACAGGGUCUUCAUAAGUUGCCCAGGGUUACCCAGAACUUAUUGUGUAGACGAGGCUGGCUUCAAAUAUACAAUCCUCCUGCCUCAGCCUUCCAAGUACCUGGAAUGACAGGUGUGAGCUACCAAGCCCUGCAGAGGGGCAGAAACUUAAGGGUGAGUUCUCUGAAUGGGCUGUGGGAUUUGGGGGAAGGGCUCUCUUGGCUGAGUAGGUUUAAAAGCCAUAAUGACCGUGGUGGCUGUUCUUGUUGUCAACUUGACUAUAUCUGAAAUGAACUACAAUCCAGAAAUGGAGGGCACAUUUAUGAUCCGGACUUUGAGGCUGGAAGGCCACACCCUCUGCUGGAAGCCUAUGUAAGGACAAUGGAAGAAGGAAGGGUUCACUCUUCUCCUGCUUGCCCUCACCUUGUCAGCACAUCCAUUCCUUCACUGGCAUUGGAGCCGACUUCUUCGGGAUUCCAGCAUAAACAGAAGACCAGCUGAGACACCCAGCCUCGUGGGACUGAGCAACUACUGGAUUCUUAGACUUUCCAUUCACAGCUAGCCAUUGUUGAACUUAGCCUAUGUAGAUCUCCAGAGUGGCACCCGUGACAGCCGUGAAGUCAUUCCAGGCUGUCAGCCCUGUGUUUGACAAUCUGAUGUGAAGAUGGCAGCCAGGGUGAUCUGGGUUAGCCUCGGCCUGCUUCGAGUCUUGUGGUGUCUCCUUCCCCAGACUGGCUACAUACACCCAGAUGAGUUCUUCCAGUCCCCCGAGGUCAUGGCAGAGGACAUCCUGGGUGUGCAGGCUUCACGGCCCUGGGAGUUUUACCCCAGCAGCUCCUGCCGCACCGUGGUCUUCCCACUGUUGACCUCUGGCUCUACCUUCUGGUUGCUCAGGCUCUGGGAAGAGCUGGGGCUCUGGCCUGGUCUGGUGAGUGGCUACAUGCUGCUGGUGGGGCCCCGACUCCUCCUCACUAUCCUCUCCUUUGCCCUGGACUGGGCUGUGUACUAUCUGGCCCCACUGUGGGGGGCAGAUCGCUGGAAUGCCAUGUGCCUGCUGUCGGGGUCCUACGUCACCCUGGUUUUCUACACAAGGACCUUCUCCAACACCAUCGAGGGACUGCUCUUCACCUGGCUGCUGGUGCUGGUGUCCCCUUAUGUGGCAUGGAGUCCCAAAUCAAAGAAGCCUACCCCAGGUCCAUGGUGGCACAGCUGCCUUCUUGGCGCUAUCGUGGCGGCUGGCUUCUUCAAUCGGCCAACCUUUCUAGCCUUUACUCUGGCUCCCCUCUCUCUCUGGGGCAUUCACAGGGCCUUGGAACCUGGCGUCAAGGCCCUGAUCCAGGAGGCCCUGGUGCUCCUGCCAGGGGCUGCUCUUGCUGCAAUGCUGUUUAUCACUACGGACAGCUGGUACUUCUCCAGCCUCUCGACAUCCGGUAGCCUUGUCCUCACACCUGUCAACUUCUUGUCCUACAACCUGGAUCCCCAAAACCUUGCAAGGCACGGCACGCAUGCACGGCUCACUCACCUGGCGGUCAAUGGCUUCCUGCUCUUUGGGGUACUGCAUGCUCAGGCCCUUCAGGCUGCAUGGCAGCAUCUCCACAGCUGCCUCCGUGUGCUCCCGCAGAUGGGCUUCUUGGGGGUGCUGGGUGCAUGGUCUAGCUCCAAGUCUUAUCUCCUCCUCCUCUACUUCACACCCCUGCUCCUGCUAUCUGCCUUCAGCCACCAAGAGGCCAGAUUCCUGAUUCCCCUCAUAGUCCCGCUAGUCCUGCUUUGCAGUCCACAAACCCACCCUAUACCCUGGAAGGGGACCCUGGUCCUCUUCAAUGCUCUAGGGGCUCUCGUCUUUGGCUGCCUGCAUCAGGGAGGUUUGGUACCUGGCCUGAAAUACUUGGAGCACAUAGUCCACGCGCCUGUCCUGCCAGGCACGACCACCCGCUACACACUUCUCUUCGCUCACACUUACAUGCCUCCCCGGCACCUCCUACACCUCUCCGGCCUGGGAUCGCCUGUGGAGGUGGUGGACAUGGGUGGCGCUGAGGACUGGGUCCUGUGCCAAGCCUUGAACGACUUCAGCAGACAACCAGCCUGCCAAAUGGCUGGUGGGCCACAGCUCUGCCGACUCUUUGUGGUAACUCCCGGGACCAACAGGCAUGCUCUGGAGAAGUGCAGUUUUCCUCUCAAGAAUGAGACCCUCUUGUUUCCCCACUUGACCCUGGAGGACCCUCCAGCCCUGUCCUCUCUGCUCAGCCGGGCUUGGAGGAACCACCUCAGUCUUCAUGUCAUAGAGCUGGAGGGGAGGCCUGCUGUGACACAGGAGCCACGGCUCAGGAGCCAGCCAUAGAACGGUGCCACGCGACCUUCUACACGGGCUGCUGGGCUGGGACACUGCAACAGGACUCCCCCUGCUGUCUCUCCCGGGCACAGCCGCGGGUGUUCCUCCAGGUGAGCCCACAUUCCUUUCCCUUAGACACCAAAGACCUGACCAGUCACGGUCCCAAUGCCAAGGUCCCCAAAGAAACCUAGCAUACCCACUGGCACAUGUCUCUCUCCAUGCUGUCACUUCCAAUAGCUGUGUCAUGUUUCAAAUACAGAGUAGCACCUGCUUAUCAAAGACAA